AUGGAGGAAAGCUGUUGGUUUUGUAAGAAAUGGGAGCAGCACUAUUAUUGGGAUCAUCUAAAGCUGACAAACCAUCGUUUUAUGAAGGUUAUGCUUAAGGAUUUCUCUCAAGGCAUGGCUAUCCCAAAGCAUUUUGUGGAAAAUUUCAAAGGAGAACUUUCUAAAACAAUUAAUCUGGAAGUUAGUAAAGGUAAACUGUGGCAGUUUAAUUUGCAGAAAAUAUCAGGUUCUUUCGUUAUUAUAGAUGGCUGGAAGGAGUUUGUUGAUGACCACGGAAUAAAGGAAGGGGAAUAUUUAGUUUUCACAUGCAGUGGAAACUCAAGCUUCCAAGUUCAAAUCUUUGACAAUGGAGCUUGCCUAGAGAUGCUUCUCACUUACCAGCUGAAAAUGCUAAAACUGUGGCCAAGGAAAGAUGCCAAAAACAAAACGAAAAUUGCUACUCUUCUCAUUCUUCUAAAAAUUUCUAUACAACUGGCAAGUCAAAGGCAAAGCAGGCUUCAGGUCACAAAUUAUCUUCAAUUAGAAAGAAGCGUAAGAUUGAAAUUCUCAGUGAUGAAGCCACUCAACCCAACAGAAAAAGUAGUUAUGGAGACUUUGGAAGCUAAAAAACUGAAAUCAAAGAAGAGAUCUAUUGAUUUUGAUGCAAUUAAGCCAGAAAGCCCUUACUUUAUCCGACUUAUGAAGCACACAGCAGUUAAUGUCCUCUUCUUCAUGGCAAUACCUGCUGUCUUCUUCACGAAGCAUUUCAGUCACAAACCAGAAAAGAUUACAUUGCAUAAUCACCAGGGUAAGAAAUGGGAUGUAAUCUGCAGUUAUCAUUGCUUUUCAUGGGGAUUUAAAAGGCAAACAUGGAAAACUUUUGUCCGAGAAAACUACUUGAAAGUAGGAGAUGCGUGCGUCUUUGAGCUUAAAGCUUUUACAAGAAAGAACGCAGCUAUGAGUGUGCGCAUUGUGCGUGCCACCGACGAAGAUCUGGUUUGA